AUGAGGGCAAAGGCUCAUGAGCAAGGGAAAAGCAGCCAGAGAACAGUGCUGGCAGAGGAACAAGCAGCAUCUCAAGAAGUGACUGAUGGGUGUUGUCUGACUGAUCCUUCUUUUGCAGCUCUCUCCCUGACAUGUUUCACAUGCAAAGACGCAACUUCCAACCUGCAAUGCCUCACCCCAACCACAUGUUCUGAUUAUGAUAAGUACUGUCUCACAACCUACACUUCUUCUGGGUUUGGUAAUGACCGUAGCCAGCGUAUUACCAAGAAGUGUGCCGUAAUGUGCCCAACCAUAAAUCUGAAUAUUGGUGUAGCAGGUGUUGCCACCAGCUGCUGCGAGACCUCCCUGUGCAAUGUCAGUGGGGCCAGCAGUGUGAAGACCAGCUAUGCUGUGAUAGCUGUGGGCGCCUUGGUCAGUCUUGUUUGUGUCCUUCGGCUGGGAAUGUAA